CAAAUUCUGUGCGUUUCUUCAUCCCACUACAUAGUCAUGGCUCAAUAUCUUUCCCGGCCUCAAAUCGAAGGUUUCGGAAUAUGGCUCGACAAAGCCGAAAAAUUCUUCCUUAAAAAAAGGAUAUCCAGGCUGGAGAAUCAUAUAGAUGGUCUUGAUGAUCAGCUAGACGAGCUCAAACGUGCGUACGAGGCUCGUAGAACCCCUUUACUACAAGAAAGAGCAGCGAAACUCUAUGAACAUAACUCGGUCGUGAAUCUCCUUGCUCCCAUCCGUCGACUUUCGCUAGAUGUACUCUCUGAAAUUUUUGAACAAGCCCUCUUCUCGGAGGAAGACGCGCGAAUUCAAGUUCGCCUCCUAUGUCGCUUUUGUCGUGUUUCUGCAGCUUGGAGAAAGGCUGCAAUAGCGACACCCAAAAUUUGGUCCAUACUAUACUUUGACAUCGAUAGGUACCCAGAGCUAGUGUUUGAGGAGGAUGUCAGUUGGAUCAAAGAUUGGAUCUGUCGAAGUCGAGGUCUUCCGUUAAACGUUCACCUGAACCUUUCUACGGAACUCUUGGACCCUGUGCCCUCAGAAUGGACUGCGAGAGCAGGUCAAAUUCUGGAGUACGUUUUGGAACCCCAGUGUCGAAGUCGAAUUUGGACUCUAGGUUUGCACGGCGACUUGAAACCGUAUCUCCCCCUUCUCAACCUACCACGCGACUCUUUCACAGGCCUUGAAAACCUGACCAUCGCUUCCACGUCAUAUAGAGAGCGAAACCCGUCCGAAGAAGUUGCAUAUCUAUUUCCUCGCCAGGUUCAAACAUUUAUAGGAGCAUCCAAAUUACGCCGUCUAACCGUCCAAGAGUUUAAUGAUUCAGCAAACCCUUCUCUAUCCCUCUUAGACGUAUUUGUGCUUCCAAUGGAACAACUACGCUCUUUAACAAUCGCCGACAGGCCGGAAGUCUCUUCAAGCGUUUACGCAAGCAUAUUCAACCAGGCCAAGAAUCUCAUCGACCUGAGAUUCUGUGACACCCCAAGUCGUUACGCUCUCUAUCCCGGCUUCUCCGAGACCACAUCUUUUGUGUUUCCUGCAUUACGCUCACUCGAAAUAUCGUCCCGCGAAAUCGUCGCUCAUCGUUUAUCCUUCCUACAAUGUCUUACCGCACCUUGUCUCGACCAGUUGACCAUUCGUCACUCUGGCUACCAUCUUGGCCACUGUUGUACGGACAUCAAAGCGUUCCUGCAGCGUUCUAAUACUACAUUGUCUUCGUUGACCCUACAUCAGUUUAGCGAUGAAUGGGGGUCUGAGGUUAGUGCAGACUUGAUCGCGAUCCUGCGAGUGCUCCCUACUAUCACCUCCUUCAGAAUUGAUUCGUGUCUGUUCAAUUUGGAUGAACUGCUAGAGAAAAUGGUCUAUUCCAGCUACCAAGGAUCCGCGCUCCUACUUCCAAAACUCACACACUUCGAAAUCAGCUAUGAAAAAGAUAUUGAAAACUGGCCCUGGAAGUUAACGGAGAUGAUUUUUUCGCGGGCAGAUGCUGCUGAGAAAGGUGAGGUGGCAGAAACUCCGGAUUGGGGCAGCACCGAAAUAUCUCGAUUACAAAAAGUGACUUUACAUGGGCUCAAUGGUCCAGAUAAAGACAUUGCUCGAAUUUCAUCAUUGCUUGGCUUAGGGUUUAUAUAUAAGAAGAAAGAGCAGGAUUCUGAAUCGAAGUCCCUACUUGGGUUCGCAGAUUUACCGGGGGAAAAGAAAGAAGAAGAGGAUGAAGAUAAAGAAGAGGGGGAUGAAGAAGAGGGGGAUGAAGAAGAAGAUGAAGACGAAGACGAUGAUGACGACGAAGAAAACAUGUUCAAUGAUCCAUAUUGGUCAUCAGACUCCUGACAACUUUGUACUCUGAUCUUCUGUAGGAAAUCUACUUUCUAAACCCCUUGUCGUUGUAUCACUCAUCAAUGAAGAUGAGCAAAUUGUACUAACUAGAUAGGCAGAUGUUACAUGGAAAUGCUUCAGUAUACUAUUAUUAUCAGUUGGAAGUCCUUGUCCUCCCAUCAUUAUCCUAGGUGACAUACAAAUUUUUGCCUGACAUUCAUGAUUAUAGGAGAUGGUAAUCUUCUUUGGUUGGGCCUCUGGGGUCGUUUUUGGGAACGUCACCGUCAGAACGCCAUCGUUCAUCGAGGCU